GGCCACAUCAUGACUUCCUCGUCACGUGAGAGGCGUUAUGUGGCGUCAAUACUGCAACUUCCACAGGCGCUAUUGGCCCGCGCUGCAUUCUGGGAUGUGCAUGGUUCAUGACGGCGUGUGUGACCGGUGACAGGAACGUCCUGUUACAUUACCAUGGCACAGCUCACCAUGAGGUCUUUAAGGAUCAGUCCUCUAUGUAAACAGUUUCCAGUUCAGUUGUGGAAAUGUAAAGAACCUUGCAGAACCAUCUCCAUUGGAUGUUUGAGGAUUACUCGCCCUUCACAUGGAGAGGUUUCUCAGUUAUUGUCAUCUAAAAAUAAGAACUGGCAGAAAGAACCUCCAGGGUUGUUCUGUACGUCUUCAACCUCUAACACAAAGACUGACGACUCCUCCAAGUUUAAGUUGAUCUACAAGUUUCCAGCAAUAAGGUAUUGCCGGGCAGUUUCCAGGCUGAAGCUUGUGCAGACCACAUUGUCUAUGCUGAUUCUCCCCCCUGUAUAUUACUACUAUUUCCAAGGACAGAUCACACAGUUUGCUGUUGUUUAUAGCACCGGAGCUGCUGUUUUUGCUGGUAUCAUGCUGUAUGGUCUUAGCCAUUACCUACGUAGAAUAAUUGGGAUGUUGUAUGUGGACGAUGACCUAAGAACUGUGAAGGUUUCCUACCUGACUUUUUGGGGAAACAGAAAAAAUAUUUUUGUUCCAAUUGAUGAUGUAAAACAGCUUUCAGAAACCGGAGAUGGUAAGCAUGAAAUUCUCCGCCAAUUCGCACGAUACAGCAAACCUGAUGUACUGUACUUUACUACUCGGUACGGUUUUGUCCUGGACAGAGAGAAAUUCACUAUGGUUUUUGGAAAAUUGGAAUAAAAUAAUAAAGAACAAUUUUUACACUCUAGUCUGUUUGCAAACGGGUCCUAUAUUUGCUCAUUCUUAUAAACAGUUAAUUCUUCUGAUUUAUAUACAAUACUGGUUACGUUAAAAUAUACAUGUAUUGGC